AUGGAUGACGAGGAGGGAGUGAAGAGGGCUUGGGAGGAACCUGUUAGAGGAAGAAGAUUAAGAGGGAGGCAGAGAAUUAGAUGUGAAGUGAGAUUCAGUGGAAAAAAGAUUGUGCUGUUCACAGACUUCAGUAGUGAAUUUAGUGAUGAUCAGACAUCAGCAAUAAUUGCAGGCCUUUGCAAUCAGGGUAUCUCGCUUAAUAUAAUUGGUCCAGAGAUUUUGGAUGACAGUGCUGAUGAUAGUGGGAAUGAUGAUGGCGCUGGACCAAGUAAUGGGUUGCAGCCUUUCAAAAACGGUGUGCGAACAGUUCCUCAGAAUUGGAAUGGGAAACCAAAGACUGUUGUUCAACUUGCAGGAGAGAAAGUUGCAACCAGAUUAGUUGCAGAGGCAGAUGGUGGUAUGUAUAGUUUUGAAGAUGCCAUUCCACAAUUGAUUUUCUUUGAGAAACGAUCAGCUGGUAGUGCCAAUUGGAAUACACUGUUGGAAAUUGGUCCCAGUUUCCAAAUUGCCAUUACAGGGAGAAUUAAGAUUAAACAUUCCACAGUUCCUACGUGGAAAACAGCGUACGCAUCUGAUGAAAGUGCAGUCAUUAUUAAAGAAACUUCAUUCCACCGAAAAGAUGAUACAGAAACUCCUGUGGAUGAAGAUGAGGUUAUCCCCGGAUAUAAAUAUGGAACAACAUUGGUACCAUUCAUAGAUGAGGACUCUCAGAUGAAAUACUCCUCUAAUACCCCAAGAUGUUUAAGCAUUCUUGGCUUUACUCGUAGAUCCAAUGUUCCUCAUCAGUUCUGGGCAGGAGAACAAGUUCUUGUCAUAACUGGUCGAGAAGGAGAUGAGGCAGCAGCAGUUGCUCUAUCUUCCUUUAUUCAUGCCUUAGAAGUUCUUGAUUAUGUGGGGAUUACCCGUAGGAUCUACAACAAAAACAGUGACCCUGUUCUUGGUGCCCUCUUUCCUGACAUUACAAAAGAUUAUGAGUGCCUCAUUUGGAUACCAUUACCUUUCCAAGAAGAUGUAAGAUCUUACUCAUUCCCAUCUCUUUGCAAAACAACAGAAAAAUUAACAGAAAGUGAAAAACAAGCAAUGGAUAAUCUCAUAACUGCUAUGGAUCUCACAGUAGUGAAUGAAGAUGAUGGAGAUGGAAGUAGGGAAGAGUUGUUGGAGCCAUCAGAGUGUUAAACCCCACAGCUUCAGCAUUACUGUAAUGCUUUAACUCACAGAGCUAUUUAUGAAGAUGGGCCUAUUCCAGCACCUGUGGAUCAUGUCAUUAAUAUUUUAAAGCCACCGGAAGAAGUUAUUGAUGGAAGAGAUGAAUGUGCUAAAAAGUUAAUCCCUCUAUUCCCUACCAAGAAAAUAAUGAAGAAAAGCAAGAGAGACAAUGGAGAUUUGUUUGUCAGUAAUGAGGAUGAGAGUAACAAAAAGCUCAAGUCUGAAGAUGGUGAUGACACUUUGACCAGCAGUGAUUUGACGAGAGCCCAUGUAACAAAAAUAACCACAGCUAGUCCCACUGAAGACUUUUAUGCACUUCUGAAAGGAGAGGCUCCAAAUUUCACUUUGAUUUGCAGUCAGAUGAGAGACAUCAUUCUACAAUUGGUAGACAGUUGGAGUCAGGGUAGUGCAUCCAGUGAGGCUGUGUUAUCCAGAGUCAUAGAUUGCUUGACAGCCUUUAGAAAAGAAUCAUCCCUUAUUGAUCCUUCCCUUUACAAUGAUCUUAUGCCUUCUCUCAAAAGUGCUGUUAUAAGUGGAUCUAUUCAACAUUUAUGGAACAGAGUUAAAGAAGGAAACCUUGGAUUAGUCACCACAGAGGAAAGCCUAAAAAGUUCUGUUAGUACAGCAGCCGCAAGUGCAUUCUUUGAACUGGAAGCAGAACCACAACAGGAAGUAUCAGAACCAAAGCAUGAGGAAGAUGAUGUUGAGGAUUUACUUGAUGACCUUUAAAGUGAAACUCCAAGGAGCUUGAAGUCCUAAGAUUUUGAAAAUAUAUUUUUUGCAGGUAUUUUUUUCAUUGUUAAUGUUGGACUAUUAAAGUGUGUGUGUACAAGACUA